AUGGGCCCUCCCACUCCCCGGCACCGAUCCCCAAGAAGCAAUUCGGAUUCUUUCGCUGGUUCUGGCGUUUGGCCUCGGUUACGGGGUUUGGUCAUCGGUGCCGUGGCUUACAACAUAUAUGCUCUGUACCAUCCCAUGGAGCAGUUUGAGCUAGACCCGGAGAAGAAGACUUUGGUCAUCCUCGGAACUGGCUGGGGCACCGUCUCCUUGCCGAAGAAGCUUGACACUAAAAAUUAUAACGUUGUCGUCGUCUCCCCUCGCAAUUACUUCCUCUUCACUCCUUUGCUGCCGUCAUGCACCACUGGUCUGAUCGAGCCCCGCUCGAUUAUGGAGCCUAUCCGGAGCAUCCUGCGUCACAAGAAUGCCACCGUCAAGUUCUACAAAGCUGAGGCUACGAAGAUCGACUACGACAAGCGUGUCGUGUACAUCAGUGACUGUUCGGAAAUCAAGGGCGACACCUUUCACACGGAAGUUCCUUUCGAUAUGCUCGUGGUUGGCGGCGGCCCGACUGGUGUUGAGUUCGCCGGUGAGCUACAGGACCUUUUCAACGACGAUCCGAAGAAGUGGGUUCCAGAGAUCGAGGACAACUUCCACGUAACGCUCGUGGAAGCAUUACCUAACGCCUUGCCUAUGUUCUCGAAGCAGCUGAUUGACUACACAGGAUCCACUUUCAAGGAGGAGGGAAUUACAAUCCGCGCCAAGACCAUAGUCAAGAAAGUGACCGACAAGUAUAUCGAGGCGGAGGUCACCAAGUCCGAUGGAUCAAAGAAAUUGGAGACGAUUCCCUACGGCCUCCUGGUUUGGGCUAUGAGCACCCCUUUAGAUUAG